AUGGCCGCAGCUACAAUAAUUAAUUACCUGUGUCACCUUCGCCCUUCAAUCGCAAUCGCCGGAAUCUUGGUCCUCUUUUUGACUGUCUGGACAGCUCUUUCAACAUGGCGCCAAUACAACCGACUGCGAAAAUUCAAGGGCCCGACUUUGGCAGCUCUUUCAAAAUGGUGGCUAGUCAAAAAAGUCGGCGGAGGUAGAGCCUAUCUCGACUUUUGGGAGGUCACCCAAAAAUAUGGCUCUAUCGCUCGCGUCGGACCCAAUGAUCUCCUCACGGACGACCCAGAUCUCAUGAGACACAUACUCAACGUUCGCACCGAAUAUCGUCGCUCAGAUUGGUACGACGGGAUGCGCUUCAACCCUGGCAACAACAAUAUCCUCUCCCAUCGCGACGAAGACGAACACUUCAAGCUAAGGUCCAAAAUGUCGGCUGGCUACGGCGGUCGUGAAGUCGAGAACCUCGAGCCCAAGAUUGACAAGAAUAUCCUCUCAUUUAUAACGCUUCUCACGAAAUAUGCCGAUGCAAAAAAGCCUGUGGAUCUCGGUCGGCGUUCGCAAUUCUUCACGCUCGAUGUCAUCUCUGACUUGGCAUUUGGCGAGCCGUUUGGGUUUUUGGAGACAGAUUCGGACGUAUACAAGUAUAUUCAGAUUACAGAGGAGACGUUGCCUGCCGUUAUGGUAACCACCGUCAUUCCCUGGUUGGUCAAGAUUUUGAGUUCGCCCUUGUUCAAGAGUCUUUUGCCUUCAGAGAAGGAUAGACUUGGGUUUGGCAAGUUGAUGGGAAUUGCUAAGAAAGUUACUGCUGAACGGUUUGGCCCUGACAAAAAGGUUCGCAAGGAUAUGCUCGGAUCUUUCGUUGCUCAUGGCCUUACCCAAAAGGAGGCCGAGUCUGAGAUCCUUCUUCAGAUCGUUGCGGGAUCAGAUACAACAGCCACAGCUAUCCGGUCAACCAUGCUACAUAUAAUAACCCAUCCAAAUAUCUACUCCAAGCUUCGCGCCGAAAUUACAAGCACACACUACUCGGAGCCUAUCAUCCCCGACUCUAUGGGCCGCGACCUACCCUAUCUCCAAGCCGUCAUCAAAGAAGGUCUGCGCAUCUUUCCUCCCGUCGCAGGUCUCAUGUCCAAGCAGGUCCCUCCCCAAGGAGACACCUGGAAGGGUCAGUUCAUCCCUGGCGGUACCAAAGUCGGCUACUGCGCGUGGGGGAUCUUUAGACGUGAGGACAUUUGGGGCUCCGACGCUGGCGAGUUUCGUCCUGAGCGAUGGCUCGACAGUGAGCCUGAAAAGCUAAAAGAAAUGGAGGUUGCUUCGCAGGUUUGA